AUGACUGUUACCGAAGACACAAGGUUGGCAGAGGACGCUAAGAACUGGGUGUUCGUUCCUGCUAAGGACGGUAUUCCGGCAUAUCAUAAAUAUAAUCAGCCCAUUCAGAAAGGCUCUAUUGACGACCGUGAAUACUGCAUUAUCCGUCUAGACAAUCACCUUGAAGCCACGAUUGUUAGCGACAAGGAUGCAGACAAGUCCGCCGCUUGUAUGGAUGUCGCAGUGGGAUAUUUCCAAGAUCCGGAAGAUAUGCAAGGCACUGCCCAUUAUUGCGAGCACUUAAUGUUCAUGGGCUCGGAAAAACAUCCACAAGAAAAUGGGUACUCCGAGUAUUUUAACUUGCACACUGGCUAUUGCAACGCCUGGACGGGAGGUUCUGACACUGGUUUUCAUUUCAGAGUCGCCUCUGAUGCACUUAAAGGAGCACUCGUGCUCUUUUCUGAAUUCUUCUACUGCCCGCUUUUUUCCGAAGGCUCUGCACUGCGCGAAAUUGAGGCGGUUGAUUCUGAGUAUUCAAACGCACUCCAAGAUGACCCUUGGAGGCUAGUGUAUCUUUUACGUUCCCUCGCUCGUCCCGGACAUCCAAUACGAAAGUUCAACCACGGAAGCAAAAAAUCAAUAUUAGAGAAGUAUCUUGCAUCAGAGGCAUCGCCCUCGCAGCGAAACUCAGACAGGGAUAGGCACGAUCGUGGAUCGUCGACAUCAAGCAGAAACUCCGCAAAUGAGGGCUCCUUGAGAAAGGAAAGCACUCUAAUGCGAACAUCCUCACACGGAAGCGACGUGCACAAACACAUAACCAGUUCUACGAGCAAGUCAUUGCCUACCAAGCAAUCUGCAAAAGAUGGCCAAAGUCAUGGUAGGACCCCCAGCAGAAGCUCCACUCAGAGCACUCGUUCGGCAAACCGCGCACAUUCAGAAUCGAGAAGCAGUGAUAGAAGCAAGGCAUCGUCCGUAACGUUAAGUAGAGCCAGCUCUCAUCGUGGCAGGAAGGGCGCAGAGGCUUCAGACACUAUGAAGGUUAGGAGGGCGGCAGAGAAAGAAGCUGCUUUGAGGGCUAGAGAUAGAUUGAUUAAAUGGUGGAAGAAGGAAUAUUGUGCGGGCAGAAUGAGUUUGGCUGUUGUCGGGAAAGAACCCCUUGACCAGCUCACACGCACGGUCGUGAAGGUCUUCCAUCCGGUUCAAAACAGGCAGCAAGACCCUACCCCAUUUGCAUCCAUGAAACAGCCGUACGGAAAACAAGAGCUAGGUAAAAUUGUUUAUGUUAAAUCAAUCAAGGAGACGUACAAUAUCAUUAUUACCUUUCCUAUCCCCUGGCAGGAUCCUUUCUGGCGUGAAAUACCAGCGUCAUUCGUUGCUGAACUACUUGCUCAUGAAGGUUCUGGUUCACUGCACGCCUACUUAAAAAAUAAAGGAUGGCUCGUAACGUUAACUGGUGGAGAAGCGAGCGGAGAUCGGGGGUUUAGUUUGUUCGAGAUUGAAUUGGAAUUGACUAAGGAUGGAUUCAAGUACCAGAAAGAGGUAAUAUUAACAUGCUUCAAGUUUAUCAAUCUACUUCGCAAGGCUAAAUUUCCAGAAUGGAUGGUGGAGGAGCUGAAGCUGAUUCGAGAGCUAUCGUACCGCUUCAGGGAGAAAGGCGAUGCUAUGUCUCAUGCAAAUCGCAUUGCCUCAUUUAUGAAAUACCCGACUCCGCGUGCACUACUUCUCAAUGGUCCUGCUCUCCUCUGGAAAUGGGAUGAGGGGCUUGUAAACGACAUAUUGAAGAAGCUGGACAUCGGGAAUUGCUUUAUUAUUGUGUCCGCUACGGAUCACGAUCAUAUUCAUGGGGAGACAUGGCGUAAGGAACGGUUGGGUGGUGCGGAGUACGUUGAGAGAAGGUUUGAGUCAGGGUUUAUUUCUGAGGCUCGUAAAGAUAAUGACAUUUCCGAACUUGCUUUGCCAGAACCCAACCCAUUUCUUCCAGACAACCUUGAGGUCAAUAAAGUGCGCGUCAGCGAGCCGAGGAAACAACCCGCACUUAUUGAGCGCACAUCACUCAUGGAGGUAUGGCAUAAGAAGGACGAUCGGUUCUGGGUUCCUAAAGCUAUUCUGCAAAUUUCGGCACGGACACCUACUGCUACAGCUACUCCUCGUGCUCUGAUAUUGACACAAAUGUUCAUAGACCUUGUGAAGGACGCACUCAACGAAGACGUUUACUGUGCAAGGGUGGCGGACUUUAAAUACAGUCUAAAAAGUACUAUUCGUGGUUUUGGGAUAGAAAUUGAAGGUUACAAUGAUAAACUGCACGUUCUCUCCAAGGCAGUCGUUGCCAAGAUUAAGCACCUUAAGAUUCGAGAAGACAGAUUUAAGGUUAUGGCUGAACUAACGAAGAAAAAUUUGAAAAAUAUGCAAUUUAAACCACCUUAUAAACUGUCUAUGCGCCACUUUGAUUACAUUACAGAAGAUCGUGAAUUCAGCAUCGAGGAGAAAUUAACAGCGUUGAAAGGUAUCACGGUUGAGGAACUGUCCAGGCAUGUCACCGCGUUGCUAUCACAUCUUAAACUAGUAGUACUUGUCACUGGUAACAUUGGAAAGGAGGACGCUCUUAAUAUCGCAUCCACUGUAAGGAAAACACUCCUCACAAAACCCGUUCCGGACGACAGGCUCCCAGAGCUGCGGACGCGUCUUCUUCCCAAAGGAUGUAGUUAUGUCUGGGAUCUACCUGUACCCAACGAUAAAGAGACCAACUCAAGUGUAUACUAUUAUUGUCAUAUUGGCAGCGUUUCCGACCCACAUACUCGCGUGACAUGCUGUCUGCUUAGCCAAAUCAUGGAUGAGCCGGCAUUUAAUCUUCUUCGGACGAAAGAACAACUCGGAUACAUAGUUCAUUCCGAAGACACAGAGAAUACUGAAUCAAUUGGUCUGUAUGUGAUAGUGCAGAGCGAGACAAGCCCGAAGUACGUUGAAUCGCGCAUUGAAGCAUUCCUAAUACAUAUGCGUAAGACAAUCCGGGAAAUGUCAGACGAAGAGUUAAUGAACCACAAGGAGUCACUCAGGAAGAGUUGGGCAGAAAAGCCGAAGUACCUCUCCAUGGAAUCAGGAAGGUUUUGGUCUUUCAUUCAUGACGGAAGCUAUGAUUUCAGGCGCAGGGACGACGAUACACAGCUCCUUCAUAGCGUAUUGUUAUCAGAUGUCCGUUCGAUGUUCGAGAAGCAUGUGGAUCCAUCGUCGAACACUCGUUCCAAGCUCUCGAUACACAUGCAUUCCAAAGUACCACCUAAGCCUCCCAAAGUUCAUAUCCACCCGAACGUUAGCAUUCGUGCCUCUAGGGAGUUCCUCGGAGUACUAAACGAAACAAACAUAUCUGUAGACAAAGAUGAAUACAAUUCAAAGUGCGAUCUUGAACUGAUUGUGCCUGACAUGCACAACUACUUGAAGGAGACAUGCUUAAAGAACUUGCUCCAAAGUAAUAGUAGGAAAGUCAAGGAGUUGCUUGGAAAGCUGGAUUUGCUUGUAGAGAUGUAUCCUGUAAAAUCUGCUUUGGAAGCUAAACAUAUACAGGAUGGUGGCAAGCUCAAACAUAGUCUUGCUCUCUCUGAUGUUACAAAACCAGUAAAGACGUUCAAAGUGGAAUAG